AUGGGUUGGGUUCACGGCAUGAGGAUGUUAGAGUUUGGAUGCAGGAAAGUUGUGCAUAAUGGAAAUCCACAUGAGAGUGAAGAGAAGAGACCAGGAACACCUGGACAUCUGACAGAUGAAUAUCAGUCGGACUCCAUCGGUAACACUCCAGAAAACUUCCGAGAGGAUUUUUCGAGCGGCUCGCCGCAGAUUCGUCGCUUUUAUGUCUCCGGUCGAUGUCCGCGUGUCGAUGACGAGCUCGCGCCAGUGACGCUCGAGCCCAUGGAACACGAGUGGAUGAUGUGCGCGUCUGACGGUCAGUGGGAGAGUCUCCACCGGCUGCUCGUCAGCGAUCCCACCCUCAUUACUAGAAAAGACUUCGUAACAGGAUUCACCUGUCUGCACUGGGCUGCAAAGCUAGGCAAACACGAACUGAUCGCGAGGCUCGUCAACUUUGCCCAAGAACAACAAGUGUCCAUGAACAUCAAUGCGCGCUCCAGCGCAGGUUACACGCCUCUGCAUUUGGCGGCGAUGCACGGUCAUAUUGAGGUGGUGAAAUUAUUAGUCGGAGCUUUUGAGGCCGACAUAGAGGCGCGUGACUACAACGGUAAGAGAGCGUGUCAGUACCUGAAGAACGACAUUGCGCAAAACAUUCUUGACAUCGUGGGCGCGUUUGUAGAAACUGACGCAGAAAACGCGGAUGCUGGGGACGCGACUCGCUGGAGACUGUCGAGAGUUCUUCAGGCCAAUCUGAGACCUCUUAAAGCUCAAUACCACUCCAACAGCCAAGAGGAAAGCGUCGUGUUGACCAAACAGAAAUCUUUCCGCAGGAAAUCAUCCUUUAGUAAAAAGAAACCCGGUUUUCGUAAAAUCCGCCCGGGGACUCAGAUAAUCCACAGCACGUCUGUCUUUGACAGGCUUGAGAAAGAAGAGAAUCUGAAUCCAUUAAGACGCAAAUCAAGCCUCUUCGAGUGACGCGGAAAGUAUUGUAAUUCAUCGGUGUUAUUAUUUUGCGAAUUGUAUGAAUGUUUUUUUGAAAAGCAAAUCUUUAAUGUUAUGUUAAAUAAGAAAUUGACCAAAAACAGUUUCUAACAUACAAUUUCUGAUCUUAAUUUUGUGCUCCAAUAUGUUUUUCUGUAAAGCUGCUUUGCAACAACCCUGGUGAAAAAUAAAUGUACUUGUUUCAAUGGUUGCCUACACAGUAGAGGUGUUGCUAGACCUAAAGCUCUACUGCAGUGGUUCUCAACACUGGCUCGCGAGAUUGAAGGAUUUUUAAAUCUUCCCGCGUGUUCAAAAAGUGGAAAGAAAGGCAGCUCGAAUAACUGUUGAAGUUUAUUGAUCAGAAACAGCGCUGGGUUGUUUCAGACACAACGUCUUACACCGGACAACAACCCAGCGGGGAGGGGUUACAACAUAUUUAUAGUGUGUAAGUGAGAGGGUGCGUCUUCUUUCUUUUCUGUUGUCCACCCUGGUUUUGUCCAAUCAAUUUCUUCUUCUUUGUCUGCAACUUAUCUGCAAAACAUAAAAUGACACGACACCCCCACACCCAACUUCUGCAUAGCUGAGUACUCAGAUAAUGGUAUGUGUGUGCGUGCACCUUUUUGUUCCACCUUUGGUUUGACCCUUUAAUUUAUUGUCUGCACUCACAUUCCUAGAGGCACCAACUGCCUUCUGCUGCUUACCCCAAUCUUUGUACGCAAGGCUACACACACACACACAUAUUAUGUUCAUCAAAAACUGUAAUAAAGAAUAAAGAUUUGAACGUAAUAAAACUUAUUAAAAAACUCCUUCAAGAUCCAUUUUCCUGCUGAGUUUGGGGGUACUUUAAUGAGAUAUGCCAAACAAUCUGCGUGUUCCUACAGUUGAGCGCGUCUGUUCCUGAUUAGCCCCUUCAGGUGUUUUAUCAGAGUUGGGACUAAACUCGGAUGAAAAAUGGAUCUCAAGAGCCAGAGUUGAGAACCACUGCUCUACUGCGACAGAGGUCUCCGUUAUUUUUUCUAUCACUUUUUAGAGAUGUCCCGAUACCAUUUUCCCCUUCCCGAUUCCCAUACCAGGGCCCGUUUUUUCAAAAGGUUUAAUCCGGAUAAAAUUGAUCCGGAUUUAGUAAUCCUUUUUUUGCGAUCCGUGAUCACGUUAUCCAGCUUACUUUUGGAGCCAGUUUUUUAAAGCAACAUCGGAUUGGAUCAAUCUGAUCCGGAUAGGAACUUUUCAGGAUCACCAAAUCUGGAUAACCAGUGCUGGAUAACCAGUGCUCAAACAGGAUAGGAAAUCGCAAUGUAGAACUAUAGAUAUGUAAAGAGCAACAAGUAGAAUAGCCAGUGUGGGGUCAAUAUAAGUUUAUUUUUAUUUGAAAUGAAAACACACAAAACAAGAAAAACCCCACCCCAUCCUCUUCCAGCAGUCCGCUCAUCUGAGACCUACAACACAAACAAUUGAGCAAUUGAGCGUUUAAAUGGAGUUCUGAGAGUGGAACCACAGAAAGCAAGCAUGCAACAUAACCCUUGCCUGUAAUGUCCUGCACAACAUCGCUACUAAGUGCAAUGUCCCUCUCUCUGCUGACAAUGAUGCACCUGAGACCCUUGGAGACCCUAACCAACCUCAUGCAUUCUGCCAGAACAAGCAAACAGGACGUGCAACAAGGGACAAAAUAGUUAGACACUAUUUCUGAUUUGGAGGGUUUUGGAUUUCAAAAAUCAGUGAUUGCCAUUCUUUGCAUUUUUUUGGUUAUUCUGUAAUCAUUGCAUGCAUCACUAAUACAUAUUCUAAAAACAAAAAUAUUUUCGAUUGUGAUGAAUAUAUAUAUCAAUUAGUGACAGAAUAAAAUUUAUUGUUUUUGGUCAAUUUUGACAGCUGUUUAGAGGAUUAUUUUAUGAGGCCAAACUCUUUCUACUUUGCUGUAGGCCUAUACUGAAAGGCUGAAUACGUUAAAGUUUACCUAAUCACUGUAG